CUGAAGAAAAUUAUCUAAACGCAAAGAGUUUAAAGUUUAAACAAACAAGGUAGUGUUGGGUCUUAACUAAACCUUGAUUCAUCCGAAGCUAAAGUUUUACUCCGUCUGAAUUUUUGCUGUGAUUGCUAAGUGCAAACCGUAAACUUUCCUUCUUUAUAUCUUCGCAUUCCCCUGAAGCUGAGUUCGACCGUCAAUCACCACGGUUCAAUCUUCCACCUCAUUAUAAAUUGAUUCACAGAAAAUAUAAUCAUAAGUGAGAGAUAGAACUUCUCGAUUUGUAUUUCGUAUUGAGAAUUUUUUGGUUGAUUGUGAUCUCAUGGAAGCUGACAGAUUAAAUACUCCAACCACUUUUGAGAUGCCAUUGGAGGUUUUGGGUCACGAAUUGCAAUUUGUUCAGGACCCAAAUUCUAAACACCUGGGAACUACAGUAUGGGAUGCAUCACUUGUGUUUGCUAAGUUUCUUGAACGUAAUUGCAGAAAAGGAAGGUUUUCCCCUGCUAAACUUAAAGGAAAACGUGUAAUUGAACUAGGAGCUGGCUGUGGUGUUUCGGGGUUUGGCAUGGCUUUGCUUGGUUGUGAUGUUACUGUGACAGACCAAAAGGAGGUUUUGCCAAUAUUACAAAGAAAUGUUGAUCGAAAUAUUUCAAGGGUCAUGCAAAAAAACCCUGAGUCAUUUGGCUCAAUCAAGGUUGCAGAGCUUCAAUGGGGUGACGAGAGUCACGUUAAGGCGGUUGGUCCUCCAUUUGACUACAUUAUUGGCACCGACGUUGUUUAUGUAGAACAUCUAUUGGAGCCUCUAUUGCAGACAAUACUUGGUUUAUCUGGACCUAGGACUACUAUUUUGUUGGGUAAUGAGAUCAGGUCCACCUGUGUCCACGAGAAGAUGCUUCAGAUGUGGAAAAAGAACUUUGACGUGAAAACUGUCUCGAAAUCAAAGAUGGAUGAAACAUUUCAACAUCCAAGCAUUCAACUCUUCAUUAUGGGAUUUAAACAGUUAGCAGAGGGCACAAAAAAUUCAGGUCAAGCUGCUGCUGACAAAGUUGAUGUUGAAACUGUUGUGGAAGAUAAUGACACUGAGCAAAAUAUUGUAGUAGAAGGAUCUGGUCUUGUUGAAGAAAACACUGAGGAUCAUAGUAAUUCAAUUCCCCAAAAUGCACAGCUUAGUGAGUGGGAAGCCAGAAGGUAUGGCUCAAUGGCUGCAAGGAUUUUGCGCGAUGUAAAAAUAUCUUGAUUCUGAGAGUUGGUCUUUCAGUCUUUCAGUCUUUGACUUAUGAAGUAUCAUAGUGGUCAGAUACAUAGGCUUCAAUGUGGUGUUCACCUUUACAUGAUUCAUUUUUCAGUAAAAUCACUAGCAACGAUGAAGCAGUAACCUUGUUAAGUUUGCUAGAACUCGAAAGCAUUUGCAUAAUGCUUGGCAACUGCAGCAUAUAUAUAACAGUAAUUAUAUUAUUCUGCAUGAUAAUAUAUUGCAUCUUGAAAGUUGAGGUCUUUAGAACA